AUGGCGAAGAAAAGCAAAUUGCUCGCGGCGCUAGACGCACAUCAGGGCCGUGACUACCAGGCCGAGAAAAGAAAAGCACAAGUGAAAGCGGCCGAGAAACGGAAGAGGCAGAAACUAGACACUCCACAGCGAGCUGAGAACGAAGACGAUAUGAUAGAGAACAACGAACAGGCAUCACACACGGCAGAGGAGACGCACCAGCCUGCCGCAUCAACAGAGAAGGACGACUUCGCCGACUUUGACGGAGACGAGAAUGCGGCUGUGGACGACAAAGCCAGCACCACAAUCCCACAACCUGUCCAAUCCGCCGACGCGGCCGCCUCCGCGUCUGAAGCAGAAGACGAAUCCGACGUCCCUGUAUCAGACCUCGGCGACUCCGACCUCGAAGACGCAAUCCCCUACCAAAAGAUGACCAUCAACAACGGUCCCGCGCUGGUCGCCUCGAGGACCCGCAUCGCCGUCGUGAAGAAUCCGAAAACCACACCCUUCCACCACCAUAAUUCCCUCAUCUCCUCCCUGGGACCCGCGAGCGAAUCCAUACCCGACCCCAACGACGAUCUGACCCGCGAACUCGAGUUCUACCGCAUCGCCCGCACGGCGGUGCUCUCGGCCCGCGAUCUCCUCGAGUCCGAAGGUAUCCCCUUCUCCCGACCGGCCGACUAUUUCGCCGAGAUGGUCAAAACGGACGAGCACAUGGGACGGGUCAAGCAGAAGAUGUACGACGAGGCAGCGGGCAAGAAGGCCGCGGAGGAGGCGCGGAAGUUGCGCGACGCCCGCAAGUUCGGCAAGGCCGUGCAAGUCGCCAAAGAGCAGGAACGGGCCAAGGAGAAGAAAACCACGCUGGACAGGAUCAAGGAGUUGAAGAGGAAACGGAGAGGUGCCGACACCGGGAAAGUCGCCGAGGGGAAUGUGGACGACGAUCUCUUCCAGACGGUCGACGUCGAGAAGGCCGGCGCGAAGGACCGCUCCGGUCGCGAACGGGGACCCGGUUUCAAUGCGAAGAGGCAGAAGCGCGAUCAAAAGUACGGAUUUGGAGGCAAGAAGCGGCAUUCGAAGAGCGGUGACGCCGCUAGCAGUUCGGACAUGCGUGGCUUCUCGGCGGCGAGGAUGAAAGGAAAAGGAGGCAAGGUGAAAGCGAAGAGACCGGGCAAGAGCAGGAGGUCGGCCGCCCGGUGA